UCACUGUUUUUGCGGCAAUCUAGGAUAGCCAUGGCAAUGGCAUCCAAUUUGACAGUCAAAAUGAAGAUGCUUGAACCAACUAACCGACACCCACUUGUUCUUCUUCAUCGUCAUCAUCAUCAUCCGAAAAUAUUGAAGCUCUGCUUAUGAUCAUAGGCAGAAACAAUAUCUAUUUCUGAAGAUUCAGAACCAAGCCCAGCAAUGGAGCUCAGUCCUUGGACGAACAGAGAGACAAUUCAAAUACUUCUGAUCAUCCAGGUCAUUGUUUUCUUUACUUCUAUUACUGCUUCUCAAGAUAUCAUAGAUCUCAAUCACCCCAUAACAGAUCCUGGAAACAUCACAUCCAACAAUGGAGUUUUCAAGCUUGGAUUCUUCACCCUCCCCAAUAACACUAACCGUUAUGUAGGGAUCUGGUAUAAUAAUGUUCCCAAAUUGACUGUACUGUGGGUAGCCAACAGAGACAAUCCGCUAAACGAUUCCUCCGGUCUAAUAACCAUAUCUAAGGAUGGGAAUCUUGUCAUCUUGAAUGGGCGGGAACAGAUUCUCUGGUCUUCAAAUGCGACUGUUGCAUCAUCAAACGCCACCGCUCAGCUCCAGGACUCGGGAAACCUAGUUCUGCAACACCCAUCUGACGGGAAAGCUAUAUGGCAAAGCUUCGAGCAUCCAUCCAACUCCUUCUUAGUGGGGAUGAAGCUUAGCGUUGGCAUGAACGCAGAUGAUAAGAUCGUCUCAACUUCGUGGAGAAGUGAAGUUGAUCCAUCCGACGGAGUGUUCACCAUGGGCAUGGAUCUUCAAAGUCUCCCGCAAGUUGUUGUUUGGAAUGGUAACCGUCCUUAUUGGCGAAGCGGCCCUUGGAACGGUCAGUUCUUCAUUGGUAAACAGUCUAGAGGAUCCUAUCAUGGCUUAGAUGUCACAGACAACAAACGUGGAAAUGUAUUUAUGACCUUCACCUACGCAGAGAUCGGUUUGAAGUAUUUUAUAUUGGAUUCGAAUGGAAUCGUAAAAUACAGACAUUGGGUGGAAGGAAAACAAGAUUGGGAGGUUCAAUGGUUGGCUCAAGAGACAGAAUGCGAUUUCUACGGCAGAUGUGGACCAUUUGCGAUAUGCAAUCCGAAGAACUCGCAAUGGUGUUCAUGUUUCAAGGGUUUCGAGCCAAAUGAUUCAUCCGAAUGGAAUAUUGGUAAUUUCUCUGGCGGUUGCAAGAGACGAUUGCCUCUUCAUUGCAAGAGAAACAACAGCAGUCAGGUUGAAGAAAAAGAUGGAUUCUUGAAACUGGGUACUGUGAAAGUUCCUGAUCUACCGGUUUGGUCUUCUGGAUUGGAAGACGAUUGCCAUAGUAAUUGCUUGAGAAAUUGUUCCUGCACAGCUUAUGCUUACUAUGAAGGAAUUGGUUGCAUGCUAUGGAAUGGAAACUUGAUUGAUGUCCAGAAAUUCUUUCACAAUGGGGCUGAUCUAUAUGUUCGCGUCGCCCAUUCAGAGCUAGGAGACGGAAAGGAACACAAGAAAGUAGUAAUGGUUGUGGUUUUAAUAACUGUAUUGACAGUAUUUGUUGUCAUAGUUGUUGCAUGCUUUUCUUGGUUUUGGAUGGCUAAGAGAAGAGGUACGAUUCGAAGACCAUUUAAGAAUUGGCCACUAUUUUCUGAAAACUCAAAAGGCACGUCUGAAGUUAGUGGUAGCAUGAGCCAAGUAAAAGUUGAAGAGCUGCCAUUGUUUGAUUUUGAGAAGCUUCUGAUUGCCACUAAUAACUUUGACUAUGCAAACAAGCUUGGAGAAGGCGGGUUUGGCCCUGUUUACAAGGGGAAACUACAAGAUGGGCUGUCAAUAGCUGUUAAAAGGCUAUCAAGCUGUUCAUGCCAAGGAUUGGAGGAGUUCAUGAAUGAGGUUAUGGUUAUAUCUAAGCUCCAACAUCGUAACCUUGUUAGACUGCUCGGUUGUUGUGUUGAACGAGAUGAAAAGAUGCUAGUUUAUGAAUUAAUGCCCAAUAAAAGCUUGGAUGCUUUACUCUUCGAUCAACCGAAGCAAGAAGAACAUCAACUAGAUUGGAGAAAACGAGCAAACAUAAUUGAAGGAGUCGGUAGAGGCCUGCUCUACCUGCACAGAGACUCUAGGUUAAGGAUCAUCCAUAGAGAUCUGAAAGCAAGCAACAUCUUGUUGGAUGAAGAGUUAAACCCUAAAAUCUCGGAUUUUGGAAUGGCUAGAAUAUUUGGAGGUGACGAGGAUCAAGCCAAAACAAGCAGAGUUGUUGGAACUUAUGGCUAUAUGGCCCCCGAGUAUGCAAUGCACGGGCGAUUCUCUGAGAAGUCGGAUGUUUUCAGUUUCGGAGUGUUGUUACUCGAGAUUGUAAGUGGAAGACGCAACUCUAGCUUUUACAACGACGAGGAAUCCCUGAGCCUUGCAGGAUAUGCAUGGAGACUAUGGAAUACUACAGAUGCAACAAUGGAUGAAUUAAUAGACCCGAAAUUGACAAAGGAUGGAUUUGAAAUGGAGAUAUUAAGAUGUAUACAUGUUGGUCUAUUAUGCGUUCAAGAUUCCGCGAAAGACAGACCUGCAAUUUCCACGGCUCUUUCAAUGUUGAGUAGCGAUAUUUGUCAUCUUCCUCAGCCAAACAAGCCUGCGUUUUCUGAAGGAGGACAUGUCGCGACUGAAUCUCAAGACAGUCGUUCUUCAAACCAAGUCACCAUUACAAUGGUCGAAGCCCGAUAACAAAGCUCCUAUUUUUCUUGUUUUGGUUAAAAUAAUUUUAUUUUCUUACCAGCUUCUUUAUACAAAUAGUCAAAUACAUCAAAUGGAGCAUUAAUGCUAUAGUCCAAAUGACUACUUUGACAAUUUUUUGUUUGUUUGUUUUUUGUCAAAGUCAUAUGAUAUAAUC